AUGUCGAGCUCCUACCCCCACCCUAAGCGCAGCGGCGAAGACUUUGCCGGCAGCCACUACGAUGCCAACCCGCAGGAAUCUUCAGAACAAAAGAAGCCACGCUUCGAUCUCCGCAACCCCUCCGCCCUCGCUGCAGAUGCUCCAGAGGACGACGCAGUUCUGGACGCCGAUGAGAUCGGCCGCCGAGGCCAGCAAAUCAGGCGCAAAGCUGUCAAUCUUGACGGCUAUGAUUCGGACAGCGAGAACGAGGGCUUCGGCGCGCGCGCGGAGGAGAAAUCUAAGCGCAAGCAAGCCAAACAAGAUGAUGAUGAUGAUGACAUGUUCGCCGAGCUGCAGGAAGAUUUUGGCGAGGAAGAAGUGGACGGCGACGAGGCUCUACACAAGAAGAAGUCCGUUCGCUUCCUACGGGACGAUGAAAUUGAGGGUCAGGUCGCUUCAUCCAAAAGUGGCGGAGGCAUCAACAUUGAUUUAGGCAAGGGUGCAAGUGCAACCAACGACGACGACGGUGAUAGUGGCAGUGAAGUUGGGGAGGAAGAGCGCGCGCGAGCCGAUGAAGUGGACCACGAGCUUGGCGCAGGCGCGAAAAAGAAACAUGCGCCUCUUCUUGAUGCCUUCAACAUGUCGGCUGAGCAGGAAGAGGGUAAAUUCGACGAAGCAGGCAAUUACGUUCGCAAAGCCAUCGACCCAGACGCGGUCCACGAUUCGUGGUUGGACGGUCUUUCCAAGAAAGACAUCAAGAAGGCCAAAGAAGCCGCCGAUCAGCGUGAAGAAGAACGGAAGGCCAAGGACCGCAUGGACGACAGUGUUCUGACAGCCGAUGUUUUGAAAACUCUCAUCACCAACCUGGAACGCGGCGAGACAAUACUCGAAGCGCUCGCUCGUUUGGGCAAGGGCCUUCGCCGAAAGCCCAAGUGGCAGAACAAGAAAAACAAGAAAAACGUCCCCGAGGAUGCCGAGAUGGUCGACGAAGACCCUAAUGAGGUAGCUCGGAAGCAGGCAAUCGAUGCUGUAACUGGAGCUGCGGACAUUUUGAUGGGACGUGGCCAAGAACAAAUCUACGACACCGAACGCGAAAUUCUUACUCGACAAUAUCGCUCCGAGACAGGCGAAGCAUGGAUUGACCCUUCUUCCGAGCAUGAGGCAACAGAGCAAGGACCUGCAAUGUGGGAGUACAGAUGGUCCGAUGCUCGAGAUGGGGGAACUGUCAACGGACCAUACGACAGCGCCAUGAUGGACUCGUGGAAGAACGCCGGUUACUUUGGUGAAGGUGUUGAAUUCCGCCGGGCUGGCGACUCUGGGCCCUGGAGCAGUACUGUCGAAUUUUUGUGA